UCAGGAAACAGAAGGCGAAUUUUCCUCUCUUGCAACUAAUCGGUAUCGCAUCCGUCUCGGACGCUUAAUUUUCAUCCACAUCGGCUUCGGUGCAAUAAAAACCAGCUAAACUGGACUCGGAACAGGUCAGAAAGGGACAGCACAGUGAAGUUUCCUUUUUCAUCGGGAGGCUAAACGCAAUGGAGCCAGCCUUUGGGGAGGUGAACCAGCUAGGCGGUGUUUUUGUGAACGGAAGACCCCUACCCAAUGCCAUCCGGCUCAGGAUAGUAGAGCUGGCCCAGCUGGGCAUCAGGCCGUGCGACAUCAGCAGGCAGCUCCGCGUCUCUCACGGCUGUGUGAGCAAGAUUCUGGCUCGGUACAACGAAACCGGUUCAAUACUUCCAGGCGCAAUUGGCGGCAGUAAACCCAGGGUCACGACCCCAACCGUAGUCAAGCACAUUAGGACUUACAAGCAACGGGACCCCGGUAUUUUCGCUUGGGAGAUUCGAGACAGACUGCUUGCGGACGGUGUGUGUGAUAAAUUCAAUCUGCCCUCUGUCAGCUCGAUUAGUAGGAUUCUCCGCAACAAGAUCGGAAACCUGUCUCAACAGAACCAGUACGAGUCGAGCAAACAGGGUCCUCAUCCCCAGCCUCAACCCACCCUACCUUACAACCACCUGUACUCCUAUCCAACUCCGAUCGCAGCCACUGGGACUAAAGUACCAACUCCGCCUGGCAUGCCCACUCUUCCUGGACACAUGGCAAUGCAUAGGAUAUGGCCUUCCUCUCAUUCUGUUACAGAUAUUCUGGGCAUUCGAUCAAUAACGGAGCAGCAAAUUAGUGACAGUCCGUCCUUUCCCAGCGCCAAACUAGAAGAAUGGAGAGCUAUUAACAGGAGUAAUUUUUCACCAGCGAAUUCUCCACUAGUCAAUGGUGUGGAUAAGCCUCACUUAGAACCUGAAGCAAAAUACACACAGAUGCCGAAUGGAUUGCCCACAGUGAACAGUUAUGUCACAGCUCCCAGCAUCCAUCCUUACCACCCUCCCACCCAAGUGUCACCCUACAUGGGGUACAGCGGCACCACGUCGGCCUAUGUGACCGGCCCCACAUGGCAGCCGCCCAGUGGCAGUGCUCUCUCUCCCCACAGCUGUGACAUCACCACCCCGCUGGCCUUCAAGAGCUCGGCUGCCAUGCGAGAGACUGUCCAUUCGAUUGCCGCCUCGGCCUUGUGACUGUACUAAGAGCCCGGCUGCUUCAGAGAACAGAACGGAAAGGCAACGACAGAGAACGAGAGAGAUGGGGUAAAACACAACACCUCGGAUCUUUUCAUACUGGCUCUCUCUAGAUGCACCGAUCUUUAUCGCUUUACAAUAUUUAUAAAAGACUUGUCAGAUGAGCCAUCUACCGUUCU